AUGUUUUCAAGGACUGCUGCUGUCAAUAGCGCUCAUUUCUUGCGCAUAUCAUCCGGUAGAUUAGCCCCGUUCUCUAGGAACUAUGCAACCUUGAAAGAAGUUGAAACACGUUUGAAAUCAAUUAAAAAUAUCGAAAAAAUCACAAAGACCAUGAAGAUUGUUGCUUCUACCAGACUAAGUAAGGCUGAAAAGGCUAAAAGAACGGCCAAAAAAGUUGAUGAAACUGAUUUAGCAUUUUACAAAAAUGCUGAAACUGCGAAGCUCGAGAAUAACGACAUUAAUCACAUGAAAGAAUUGAUUAUUGCAGUCACUUCGGAUAAAGGGCUAUGCGGUUCAAUCCAUUCAUCUCUUUCCAGAACUGUCAGGUUCUAUCUAUAUGAAAAUAAGGACCGUUUGUCGGACAUCGAUGUCGUUACCAUUGGCGAUAAGGUCAAGAUGCAAUUGUUAAGGAGUCAUCCACAUCAACUUAAACUGUCUUUCAAUGGAAUAGGUAAAGAUGCUCCCACAUUUUUCGAGGCUUCCUUAAUUUCAGAUAAAUUGAUACAAGAAUUGAAUCCAUCAGAAUCAUAUGACAAAAUUUCAAUAUAUUAUAAUGACCCGAUAAGCUCACUUUCAUUCCAAUCUACAUCAAAACCGAUCUAUAAUCCCGAAAUCAUUGAAAAAUCACCUUCUUUCAACAAAUUUGAAAUUGAAAAUGAUUCUGACGUACCAAUUGAUCUAUUCGAAUACACUUUAACAAAUCAAUUGCUAACGGCUAUGGCAAAUGGUUAUGCCGCAGAAAUUACCGCUAGAAGAAAUGCUAUGGAUAACGCUUCAAAGAAUGCGCUCGACAUGAUCAGUAAAUAUUCUAUUCUAUACAACAGAACAAGACAAGCCGUCAUCACUAAUGAACUGGUCGACAUUAUUACAGGUGCUUCCUCGUUAGACUAA